UCGACAGAGCCUUAAUACAAUCUCUGCAACUUUGCUUUACUUUUAUUAUUGCUCGUCAAGAGAAGGUUUUUUAGAUGCGCCUACGCUUUACUUUCACCUUGGCUUUGCUCUUCUCCAAUUGGACCCUUGCAGCUCCAGCUUCCGACCAGCUAGUCCUGUCUAACAGCAAUGCCAAACCCAGGCCUCUUGUAAUCUGGCAUGGCCUUGGAGAUACAGCUCUCUCAACAGGUAUUGAGAACUUUAUCAACAUGACUCAAACCAUUCACCCGGGUAUCUUUGUUCAUUCGGUGCAGAUUCCUGAAGGUGGGAGACCUGAUGAUGAACGUAAGGCUGGAUUUUGGGGCAAUGCUGGUGAGCAAGGUGAAGAAGGAUGUGAGCAGAUCAAACGGAUACCAGAGCUUGCAGAAGGCUUUGACGGAAUUGGAUUUUCACAAGGUGGUCUCCUCUUGAGACAUUAUAUCCAGUACUGUAACGGUCCUCCGGUCCAUAAUCUCAUCACUUUCGGAACGCCCCACUACGGCAUCUCCGCUCUCAUCCCGUGCCCUACUCCCCCCACCCUGUCAUGUUUGCUUGCAGCUCGGGCGGCCCGUGCUGGUAUAUAUAGACCCUGGGCUCAAGACCACUUGGUGCAGGCCGCCUACUUUAGGGAUACAGAACGGCUGGAUGAGUUUUAUGAAGUAAAUGAAUUUCUAAGGGAUCUCAACGGGGAACGACCGUUCGCAGAGCGCAACAGCAUCGAAGAAAUCAACCGACGAAAAGGCAAGAGAGGAGAGGGAAAAGGCCUAAAGGGGCUGGAUAACCUUGUAGCUAUUAUUUUCGAUGAAGAUAGGACGGUCUCCCCCGCCCAGUCUUCCCACUUUGCAACCUACGCACCCAACAACAAGACUGAAAUUAUCCCUCUUCAUGAACAACCUCUCUACAAGGAAGAUUGGAUUGGGCUCAAAGGUCUAGACGAAAAAGGUGGAUUGCGACUAGAGCAUUGUCCAGGAGAACAUAUGGAUCUUGGCGGGAAAAGGGGAUGUGGUGAGAGUAUGGUUAGGAAAUGGGUUGGUUGGGUCUGAGUGUUCUUAUAUGGAACAUGAUUCCUGUUGGCUUUGACAUUGCCGAAUGAUUAAUGCAUUUUAACAGAAGAUAAACAACAA